CAAUGACCGUUUUGAAUUUGUUUAUUGUUUUUGUUUUUGAAUUUCGAAAAUAAUUGAUUUUACAUUUCUGUAUCAGGUACUGUACUUUUAAUUUGUGGAUUUCGAUAUUAUUAUAACCUUGGCCUAAUUGUUUUAUUAUUGAUUGUCAAAAUUUUAGUAUUAUGAUUUUUUUAAGUUUGGGAAAAUCCAUGAAAAGACAUGUUUCAUAAUUUUAAUUGUACGAAUUAAUUUAUAAAAUGGAACCAGACCCGAAAGAUAAUAAAAACGAUGAGGACUCAUCAACAAAAUAUAUUUUAGAAUAUUAUAAAAAGUACUCGCAAAAUAAAAAAUUACCCAAAUACUUCUCAGGAACAUCUAUAGCGUAUUUGCCAGAAAUUGCAGAUGAAGAGAAAUCAAAUAAGAAUGCAAAUAUAAAUGUUGUAAUUACUACUGAAGAUGAACAGAAAACAUUGCAAAUUGCAGAUGAGUUGGAGUUAUCGCCCACAGGUUCAAUAGGGUCAAAUAAAAAACUAGAAUGGGAUAAUUUGGCAGAUAUUGGAUAUUACAAUGCCACUUUAAUUCAUCGUAGUUCAUCAUUGCCAGUUAUAUCACAGUUAAGUAGCAAUUAUGAGUCGACAGGCUCAAAGCAUUUAAAAAGUGUUGGUGGAGAUGGUAGCAAUGUAAAAGUAAUAAUCUAUCCAUAUUCAAGCAGUUCAGAGGAUAAAAGCAAUGACGCACAUAUUAAUUAUACUUCCUCCUCAUAUUCACCGCCUUCCAAAAAAGAUCCUACGCCUACAAGUACUACUUUAAGUAGUGCUGCUCAGAAACAUUUUACUACUUCUGAUUCUAGCUGUGAAGAAAAAGUUUCAAGUUUUAAACAAACUCUGGAUUACUUAAAAACAAAAAUUGGAUUACCAGAUGCUCAUUCAACUCCCUAUGAGGCUGAAUUAAAGUUAAAUUCUAUUGAAAGAUUAUCUAAUACACCAUUUAUUCCAAAACGUGAAAAACCUGUAAAAAAUUUAAAUGAACCAAAAAUCAUUGACCCACCAUCUUUGAAAAGGUUAGAAACAAUGGAACAUUGUACAAAAAAACUAACCACUGAAGAACAGUCAUCUAAUUUAGCCAAAAAAGUUGUAAAUUUAUGUCUUACAAAGCCACUACUUGUUGACUGUGUAUCAAAAACAAUUACUACAAAACAAUUAACAAUUGGAAUACAAACAGAAGCAAGUACUCAAAUUAAAGAUAAAUCACAGAAAAUCAUAACAAAAGAUACUGAAAAAACCAAUACAGACACAGGAAAAUCAUCGAGCUCAAAUUGUAUAGCUUCAAAUUGUGAUAGUUUUGAAUACAUUGAGAAUAAGGGGAAAGAUAAUUCAAAUGAACCCAUUAACAAAGAUAAUAAUCAAGUACCUCAGUCAUCUAAAAAUUCAGGCGACAUAGAAAAAAAUAUUUAUGUCUUACAGAAGUUGCUAAAGUCUAAAAAAUAUGACCCAGCUACCAAAAAAAAGUAUACCAAAAAAAUUUUACAAAAAAUAAUUGAAUCUAGAUAUCUAGAAGAUUCAAGCACAAGUUCAGAAUUAUUUUACCCUAAAACAGAUCCAUCUAAAGUUCUAAAAGAUCAAAUCAAACAUUCUUUCUUUAAAAAUGAAGAAUCUUCAUCAUCUUAUCAAUCACAUGAAGAUCAAAAGACCUCACCAAGCAAAAGGAAAACUGAAUUUACCAAAAAACAAAUUAUGCCAAAGGAUUCAUCUAAAGCUACAUUAUCAAAAGAUGUGCAAUCUAAAUCAUCAAGCUUAUCUAGUCCAAGAAAGAAUAAAAUUCAAACUGGAACUGUCUCAACCAAAGAACUAUUUAAUAUUGAAAAUAAUGAACAAGAAGAUUUUAAAGAAACAAAAAAGGGACCUUUUACUCUUACUACAAAAAUUUCAGAGCAUUGUGGUGAUAAAAUUAGUCCUACAGAAAAUUAUUUAUCUUCUUCCACCCCAAAAUCAUAUGAAAACUGGAAAAAAUUAGAAACCAAUUCCGAAUUAAUAUUUGAAAAUAGUAAAUCUGUUGGAGAUGGAGACCAUUUAAUAAUAAAUUUUGCUGACAAAGAAAGGCAAUAUCAACUUAACUGGAUAGAUAGAGAGAUUAAUCAUUUAGGAAAGCUUAAGUCUCUUUUGGAGAAACCAAAAAAUUUAUUUGAAAUUGGAGAAAAUAUAAAGAAGACUACUUCUGUUUAUAUGGUAUCUGGAAGCAAUAGUGUUCCCAGAAGAAAUUAUGUAAUUGAAACUAAUCUAGGAGUCAAAGGUACUCAGCCACGUAAUUUUUGUUUAAAUGGUCAGAACUAUGUCGUUUGUGAUCCGAGAAUUCAAGAUCAAGAAUCAGGAUUAAACAAAAAAUCUCGUCCUGUUAUUGCAGAUAUAGAAGUGCAUUCUGAUGAAAAAACAACAAAUAUUAAAGUAAACACUGUAUGCAGUGUGUGUCAUAAUGUUCCUUGUCUAUGUGAUUCAGUAGCAAACUUGACUAAACGUGAAAUCACAUCUCCUUGUGAUGAGGAACCUUGCUGUAGUACAAGACCAAGUAGCAAGUAUUCAGACAAAAGAACUCUGAGACCUGCUAGAAGUCCUUGUGGAAUUUGCCAGAAAACACCAUGCAUAUGUAGUAACGAUAAUGGAGAAGCUAAAAGCAGUAAAUAUUCUGAUUGUCAAUGUUCUCCUCGUGCUUGCGAUUGUGAAUCUAAAACCUCUAAAGUACCAACUGAAUGUAAUUCAAUUCCAGUUAAGGGAUAUAUAGCUUGCCCCAAUGGAACAGAGGAGGAAACGGAAGUUUGUCUUUGCGACUUAGCUUUAAGUGAUAAUACAACUAGUAGUUCAAAAGAAAAUCAAUCCGGAUCAAUAGGAAAAAUUUUCAAGAAUUGUAAAUGUGAUAAACAGAGGGAAUGUAAUUGUGACUUUGUUAGUAAACUUUUAAAAUGCUUCAGUACCCAGGAAAACAGCAAAUCUAAAAAGGUGCAAAAUAGUGAAGCACUUCCAUUUAAAGAAAGUGAUAUACAAUAUUCAGACAAGAAUGUUGGCACUGAAAAUUCGCAGAAUAUUAACACUAUCAACAUUAUCAUAGACAAUAAAGAUAAUUUGGAUGAACAAAUUCAACCUUCUGACGUAGAAAAUCCAGUUGAAAAAUGUACUUGCUUUAAUUCAGUACCUUUUUGUACUGCUUGUAAACCAGACAAAAAUCAUGCUGAACAGGCUUUGGCUUAUUCAGAAGUCAAUGUUGCAACUGAUAAAUUACACAGUAAUAAAAAAAAUAAUAAAUCUCCACCUGGUAGUACUUAUACAGAAGUGAAUGAUGGAACUGAUAAAUUACAGACUAUUAACAAAGUCAACAUUCUUAUUGAUAAAAAACCUAAAAAGAAUCCUGUAUCUAUAAAUAACGCUAAAAGAAACAAAGCAGAACAAUGUACUUGUGAUAAUGUAGACGAGUGCAUUUGUGGUAAAAGAUGUCAGUGUACUUGUGAUGAUAAAGAUCAAUGUAUUUGUGGAAAAGUAGAUCAGUAUGAAACAGAGCAAUGCACUUGUAGCAAUAUAGAUCAGUGCACUUGUCAAGAAGACGAAGGUGAUCAAAAUAAAUGUUCUCCUGAUUAUCUCAGCGAUCUAGUCUCUAGAAUAGAACAAGCUUUACUAGACAGAAAUAGCAAGAAAAAUAAUAAAGCUAGACCAAUGGAUAGAAGUACUACAUAUUCACCUCCUCAGCGUGAUCAGUUCGCUGCAUGUGUACCAGAAAAUAUUUCAUUAGUUCAAUGUACCACUAAUAAACCUCUAGGAAUUGACAAAAGCACUACUUAUUCUCCUCUAGCUGAUAGUACAAUAUGUACACCAGAUACGUGUUUAAGUAAUAGAGGUACUAACAAAGAAAAGAUGAAAACUAGCAAGCAAACUUAUUACGAUCCUCCUGUUGAAGUUGACGAUUGUAUUUGUGAUGAACCACCUGAGGUUAAAAAUACAGUAAAAUCUAAACCGCAGAAAGAUAAAGAAACGCUUUCUUUACAAGUUUCAAAAGAUGUCAAAUCUAUUGAUAUGUGUUUCUGUUUAUGUGGUUCCAAAAAGAAUUUAGAAAAAAAUGGUAAGCUUGGAGAAUGUUCCUGUAAUAAGAAGAAGAAACAUCACAAGAAAAGUUGUACUUGUAAAUGCAAGCAAUGUUUAAGUUCUCUAACUAGUACCAGUAGCAGUAAUUCUACUUCAAAUAAGCCUAGGAAGUGUCAUUGCCUUUGUAAGUGUGGAUUUUGUAAAAAAGAUCAUAUUUGUUGUGGAAAGGAGCAACCUAAGGAACCUAGUACAACUAACGAUGAUACCACCUCUGGUACUUUGUCAACAAACACCACAGACGCAGACGCAACCCCAGUAUUGGUAUGUUCCUUGUGCAACAGGACUGCCCCAUAUGACAAGGUGUCUAUGUUACGGACCAACACAGAAGAAUACGCAUUGUGCUCAGAAUGUGUGGGAAAGAAGCCCAUAUUAACGUCUACGUGUUAUGUCGGGCCGGAUCUAGAAUCACAUACUCGCCCUUCAUCAGACCAAUCACACACAGCAACAGACUUCAUCCAACGAGCCGACACCUACUGUACGUGUCCAAAGGGCCCCAGGCCUAAAAAUAAGAGCUUCGAAUAUUGCCCACAUUGUCGCAGUCAAUUAAGGCGAACUCUCAAAAACAAAAACGGCAUAGCUUACACUUUAACUUUGGAGGACGAAUUUUCGGAAAGAUGUAGAAAGAGAAAAAGUAAAAACAAACCAAAAUUAAGGGAAAUAAAGGUUAAAUUGCCGUGUCCAUAUAAUCGUAAAAACGGUAAAGAUAAAGAAAAUAUUAGGAAUGGCAUAAAACAAUUAGGGAAUGAGGAAAAUAUUGAUCACGUUGAAAAUAUUGAUCACGAUGAAAAUUGUCAAUGUCGAUUUGAUAUGAGUUCUAAUUCUUCAGAGAAAAAGGAAAUUAGUGCAGAUAAGAAGACUAGGACUAAUAAUGAAAAUUACACAUUACAGGAACACUUAAAGAAAAAUCGGCCAGAUUUCAUUGACUCUGCGGAAUACAGAAGACGAGCCGUUUUAAACAAUAAGGUUGAACGAGAGCAACAUAAGGAUGACAUGAAGUUAAAAUUUUUAAAAGAAAAUGAGAAUAAUAACAUCAUAAAACGUCAAAAUAACAAGUUAUUCACUGAACAGCAAAUGAGAGAAAUUACGAAAAGAAACUAUAAGAAAUUACCAGAAGUACAAAAGAAACUGAAUGUUUUAAGACUACAAAAAUUGAGAAGUGCUGAUAAAUACAUCACGGAUAUGUUUAAAAAAAAAAUCCAAAAUUGUAUAUUGAAAGGCAAGAGUAGUUUUCCAAUUGAUACAAAUAUUGUUAAUUAUUAUAAGUGAUUUAUUAAAAUUUAUGUUAAUGACAAGAGUUUGUACUAAUACUUAAUAUAUUUUUAAUAAAAAGUAAAUAG